AUGAGCAAGGUCCUCAUGUGGACCAUCACAGCUCACACAACUUAUGGGACAUUGCACUCCUUUAUCUUGAAGUCGAACUCUGAGGCUGUUCCAAAGAAAAUUCUGGAGAUCAUGAAUAUACCAAACUUGACCAGAGAAAAUGUAGCAGGUCACUUACAGUAUAUGAUCACAAUACUUGCAGAAGUAUCGCAUAUUUCUGCGAGAUGUUGCAGAGAAAGGAAUGGUUGGAGGCUAUCUCACAGAGCUCUAACAUCAAUGUUUGCAUCAGGUCUAUCGAGUUCUGUGAUCAGAGAAAUAUUUGCAUACACUUCAAUAUCAAACAAGAGGUACAAACAAUGUUUGCAUACACUGGCAUAUCAAACAAGAGGUACAAACAAUGUUUUUAACCAUUUUAACCAAUUUCCAACACAUCAUGUUCCUCAAGUUAGGCUUGUAAAAUCAAAGUUGGAAGCCGAUGUUGUUGCGGAGAAUAAUGGCCAUGGUCAAAACAGGUUUGGAAUAAACUCUUCAAACCUUCCAUUUUUUCAAGCAAAAACCUCAUUCCAUGAUGGUGCUUCCACUAGCUUUUCAUCAUAUAGAGGUGAACAAGGAUUGAUGGUUUCUUCUUCUUCAAGUUUCUUAGCAAGGGAUUUUAAAUUUGGUGACAUUAGAAACCAAAAUCACCGUGUUAAAAAUUCAAACUUUGGAUUUUUUAUAAGAACUAAUGUCAUGCCUCAUAAGUUUACUUCUGAUGUAAGAAACAAUAAUCCUUUUGGAAUUCAGCUGAAUAAUGGAGCAGAAAUGGUUGGAAUUGGAACUAUGAACAAUGGAUUAAGGGCUCUAGUGAAAAUAACAAUGAAAGGAGUCAAAAUGAAAAUAUGA